GGAGAUACCACUACUUUAAAAAAAAAGACCUUUAAGGGUGAGGCGAGUAGAAAUGGAGGAGAGAGAUGUAGAGAUGGAGAGACUUGAAAGGCAGAAGCUGCAAAUUGAAAUGUUAAGAAGUUCACCUGAACGCGAUAUUAACUUUAAAGGAGAGCAACCCUCUGAUGAAAAGAGGAUCCAUCAAAGACCAGACUCUGCUGAACCUGAACCCAGCUGUGUGUCCUUCAAGAGUGAUUGGUCAAAAGGUCAAUAUAUUGACUUUAAAGGUCAACAUUCCUCUGCUGGACAGAGGAUCCAUCAAAGACCAGACUCUGCUGAACCUGAACCCAGCUGUGUGUCCUUCAAGAGUGACUGGUCACAUGAUCAUCUCAUUGACUUUAAAGGUCAACAUUCCUCUGCUGGAAAGAGGAUCCAUCAAAGACCAGACUCUGCUGAACCUGAACCCAGCUGUGUGUCCUUCAAGAGUGAUCGGUCAUAUGAUCGCCUCAUUAACUUUAAAGGUCAACAAUCCUCAAAGAGAGUGGACCAGGAGAGUGCAGAGGUUCCCAGUAGUCAGUCUGCCCAGCAGCAUCAAACACAGCUGGACUCCAUAUUUAUGCUGCUGGAGGACAACAUCGUUACUUUUGUGAAAAACGAACUGGAGAAGAUCCAGAAGCUUCUGAGUCCAGAUUACCCAGAAUGCUCAGAGAGUCAGAGGGAGGAUGAUGAUGAAGAUCAGAGGAGCAGCAGAGAGGCAUUUCUGAAGAUCACACUGCACUUCCUGAGGAGAAUGAAGCAGGACGAGCUGGCUGACCGUCUGCAGAGCAGAAGUCCAGCUGGAGUUUGUAAGCGUAAACUCAAAUCUAAACUAAACAAGAAGUUCCAGUGUGUGUUUGAGGGGAUUGCUAAAGCAGGAAACCCAACCCUUCUGAAUCAGAUGUUCACAGAGAUCUACAUCACAAAGGGAGGGACUGCAGAGGUCAAUGAUGAACAUGAGGUCAGACAGAUUGAAUCAGCAUCCAGGAAACCAGACAGACCAGAAACAACAAUCAGACAAGAAGACAUCUUUAAAACCCCACCUGGAAGAGAUGAACCAAUCAGAACAGUGAUGACAAAGGGAGUGGCUGGCAUCGGGAAAACAGUCUUAACACAGAAGUUCACUCUGGACUGGGCUGAAGACAAAGCCAACCAGGACAUCCAGUUCACAUUUCCAUUCACCUUCAGAGAGCUGAAUGUGCUGAAAGAGAGAAAGUACAGCUUGGUGGAACUUGUUGAUUACUUCUUUAGUGAAACCAAAGAAGCAGGAAUCUGCAGGUUUGAAGAGUUCCAGGUUGUGUUCAUCUUUGAUGGUCUGGAUGAGUGUCGACUUCCUCUGGACUUCCACAACACUGAGAUCCUGACUGAUGUUAGAGAGUCCACCUCAGUGGGUGUGCUGCUGACAAACCUCAUCAGGGGGAAUCUGCUUCCCUCUGCUCGCCUCUGGAUAACCACACGACCUGCAGCAGCCAAUCAGAUCCCUCCUGAGUGUGUUGACAUGGUGACAGAGGUCAGAGGGUUCACUGACCCUCAGAAGGAGGAGUACUUCAGGAAGAGAUUCAGAGAUGAGGAUCAGGCCAGCAGAAUCAUCUCCCACAUCAAGAAAUCACGAAGCCUCCACAUCAUGUGCCACAUCCCAGUCUUCUGCUGGAUCACUGCUACAGUUCUGGAGAAUGUGUUGAAGACCAGAGAGGGAGGAGAGCUGCCCAAGACCCUGACUGAGAUGUACAUCCACUUCCUGGUGGUUCAGGCCAAAGUGAAGAACAUCAAGUAUGAUGGAGGAGCUGAGACAGAUUCACACUGGAGUCCAGAGAGCAGGAAGAUGAUUGAGUCUCUGGGAAAACUGGCUUUUGAGCAGCUGCAGAAAGGUAACCUGAUCUUCUAUGAAUCAGACCUGACAGAGUGUGGCAUCGAUAUCAGAGCCGCUUCAGUGUACUCAGGAGUGUUCACACAGGUCUUUAAAGAGGAGAGAGGAUUGUACCAGGACAAGGUGUUCAACUUCAUCCAUCUGAGUGUUCAGGAGUUUCUGGCUGCUCUUCAUGUCCAUCUGACCUUCACCAACUCUGGAGUCAACCUACUGUCAGGAAAACAAACAACAUCAACACAGUUCUACCAGAGUGCUGUGGACGAGGCCUUACAGAGUCCAAAUGGACACCUGGAUUUGUUCCUUCGCUUCCUCCUGGGUCUUUCACUGCAGACCAAUCAGAGUCUCCUACGAGGUCUGCUGACACAGACAGGAAGUAGCUCAGAGUUGAAUCAGGAAACAGUCAAGUACAUCAAGAAGAAGAUCAGUGAGAAUCUGUCUGCAGAGAGAAGCAUCAAUCUGUUCCACUGUCUGAAUGAACUGAAUGAUCGUUCUCUAGUGGAGGAGAUCCAACAGUCCCUGAGUUCAGGAAGUCUCUCCACAGAUAAACUGUCUCCUGCUCAGUGGUCAGCUCUGGUCUUCAUCUUACUGUCAUCAGAAGAAGAUCUGGACGUGUUUGACCUGAAGAAAUACUCUGCUUCAGAGGAGGCUCUUCUGAGGCUGCUGCCAGUGGUCAAAGCCUCCAACAAAGCUCUACUGAGUGGCUGUAACCUGUCAGAGAGAAGCUGUGAAGCUCUGUCCUCAGUUCUCAGCUCCCAGUCCUCUAGUCUGAGAGAGCUGGACCUGAGUAACAACGAGCUGCAGGAUUCAGGAGUGAAGCUGAUCUUACUGAUGCUGAAGAGUCCACACUGCACACUGGAGACUCUCAGUCUGUCAGGCUGUCUGAUCUCAGAGGAAGGCUGUUCUUCACUGGUCUCAGCUCUGAGCUCCAACCCCUCCCAUCUGAGAGAGCUGGACCUCAGCUACAAUAAUCCAGGAGACUCAGGAGUGAAGCUACUGUCAGAGGGACUGAAGGAUCCUCUCUGGAGACUGGACACUCUCAGGGUGGAGCCUGCUGGAGUCAGAUGGUUGACACCAGGUUCGAGGAAGUAUUCCUGUGAACUCACACUGGACACAAACACAGUGAACAGAAACCUCAAACUGUCUGACAACAACAGGAAGGUGACAGUAGUGAAGGAGGAUCAGCCAUAUCCUUAUCAUCCAGAGAGGUUUGACUCCUGGUAUCAGCUGCUGUGUAGAGAUGGUCUGACUGGUCGCUGUUACUGGGAGGUCCAGAGGAGAGGAGGGGUUUAUAUAUCAGUGAGUUACAGAGGAAUCAGGAGGAGAGGAGACAGUGAUGACUGUUGGUUUGGAUGUAAUGAUCAGUCCUGGAGUCUGAUCUGCUCUGAUGAUGGUUACUCUGUCCAUCACAAUAACAGAGAAACAUCCAUCUCCUCCUCCUCUGUCUCUGGUAGAGUAGCAGACAUCUCCUCCUCCUCUGUCUCUGGUAGAGUAGCAGACAUCUCCUCCUCCUCUGUCUCUGGUAGAGUAGCAGUGUAUGUGGACUGUCCUGCUGGCUCUCUGUCCUUCUACUCAGUCUCCUCUGACUCACUGAUCCACCUCCACACCUUCAACACCACAUUCACUCAGCCUCUCUAUCCUGGGUUCAGGAUCUGGUCUGGUUCUGGUUCCUCAGUGUCUCUGUGUCCUCUGGAGGACGGAGAGUCUCUUCCUGUUUCUCACUGCUGAUCAGUUGAGUCUGUACAGGAUCACACUUACAGAAAUACUUCAGGUUAUUAUUAUGAACUAAUGAAUGAACUUUGUAUGAAAUAAUUCAGAAUGAUUGAACAGAUUCCUGGUGAACAUUGUAAACUUCUUCCACUUCCUGUCCUUUAAAGAUGGAAGCUGUGA